CGUAGGAAGAAGAAGGGAAGGGAAGGGGCGAGAGACUCCCGGGGCCAGGAUGGACGCGGUCUUCGCCAAGGAAAUCCUGCGGAGGGUCUGCGCCGCGGGCGGCUCUCAGAAAGUCAGCGAGAUUAAGACGCGGCUGGACGCGGGACGCCUGGACUCGAUCCUGCAGGAUAAGACGAAAUUCACCUUGGUGACCCGGGAGGAUCCCCCUUCGGCGGCCGACAGCGAAGAGCACCGUGUGGUCGUGGCCACCACCGGGGCGCGGCUCUGCCGGGAUCACGGCAAAGGGAAAUGCGCCGGGGGCUGCCGGCAGCUCCACCUCUGCCGGUACUUUGUCUACGGGGAGUGCCGCCAGCAGGCCGCGAGGAAACCGUGCAAGUUUAUCCAUGACAUUAAGACAGGCCACAACUUAUCUGUCCUAAAAGAAUAUGAUCUAGACAACUUAAACUCCGAUGAAUUAUGCCAACUGCUGCUUCAGAACGAUCCUUCACUCUUGCCUGAGAUCUGUCCAUAUUACAACAAAGGGGAGGGGCCUUACGGAUCAUGCACCUUUAAGAAGAUCUGUGUUAAACUUCAUAUAUGCCAGUACUACCUCCAAGGAGAAUGUAGAUUUGGGAGUAACUGCAGACACUCUCAUGAUAUUUUUAAUUCUGAUUGUUAUGAGAAACUGGAGAAGUGGGGGAUGAGCCAAGCUUUGAUUAGUAAAAUUCCAUUGCUCUACAGGAAUGUGUACGACAUAAAAAACAACACAUCUUCAAAAUACAAAGAGAGAAGAGAAAAUCAAAUAGUGUCCACCGCAGACAUUGAUGAAUUAGAUACGAUUUGCUUAUACCACAUUAGGAAAAGUUGUAGCUUUCAAGAUAAAUGUACCCGAGUUCACUACCAUUUGCCAUAUAGAUGGCAAGUUUUAUCUGGUACUGUGUGGAAAGACAUGGACAAUAUGAAGAAAAUUGAAAAAGGUUUCUGUGACCCACGCAAUGAAAGUGUAUUCCAUUUGGGAGGACCAGAGCAGGCAUCCUUCAGCCAAUUCAAUUUCUCCAGUAUGACAUGGGGCUCUACUAAAAUUAGAAGGCUUUCCACUCCAUCUUCUGUGACCAAGCCUCCACACUAUAUUCUUACAACAGAUUGGAUCUGGUACUGGAAAGACGAAUACAAUCUAUGGAAAGAAUACGGAAAGCAAGAUGAUGAUCAUACUGCUGCUACUGUGACCAGCUUUGACUUGGAGAAAGCCUACCAGUCUGAAGCAUUUACGACCCUCAAGUUCUCGGCUGGGACCCAGAAUUAUGAGAUUGAUUUUAAAGCCAUGAAACAGAAAAACCUCAAAUAUCUCACAGAAAGAAAUGUUUGUAGACGGCCUAGGUUUGUGUCUACGGAAGACGUGGAGAAAAAGAAAAGCAGCAAAACAGAGCAAUCAAAGGGAAGCGCUACAAACAUUCCACCUCACUGGGACCAGACAGCUUUACCUGAACUGGGAUAUAAGCUGAUCAAUCUCCUUCCAUCCUCCAGCGAGUACGUAAAAGUCCAGACUAACUUUCAGCGCACGCUGCCCAGGGUCACAAUAUCGGCCAUCAAAAGAAUCCAGAAUGCGUCUCUUUGGGAAGUUUUUCAGUGGCAGAAAGAACAAAUGAAGAAGGCAAAUGGGGGAAAGGAUGUAGAUGAAAGGCUUCUGUUUCAUGGAACAAGUAAAAACCAUGUUGAUGCCAUCUGCCAGCAGAAUUUUGAUUGGAGGAUCUGUGGUGUUCAUGGUACAGCUUAUGGCAAAGGAAGUUACUUUGCAAGGGAUGCUGCAUAUUCUGAUAACUACAGCGGAGUAAGUUCUUCUAUCAAGACCAUGUUUCUCGCCAAAGUAUUGGUGGGAGAUUUUACAACUGGCAACUCUUCCUAUCUCCGCCCCCCUGCCAAAAAUAACCAGAGCAGUCUUUUCUAUAACAGCUGUGUGAACAGUCUCCUGAAUCCAUCCAUUUUUGUCAUUUUUGAGAAGCACCAGAUUUAUCCAGAAUACCUCAUUGAAUACAAAAAUUAAAUUUGUGAGUAGACCGUGUAUUGCUGUUUAACACACUGCUAAAUGAGCUACUUUCUGGAUGGCCAUUGAAGGCCUUAGCCUGUCACGUUAGCAAUAUCAGCAUUUUGUUGAGUGAAUUUUAAACAAGUUUUUAAUAGAUUAAAAAGAUGUCCUUUCUCUUCCCCUUCCCUCUGCAAUUGGGCAUCAUAAAUGUAAAAAGCAGACUUAAUUUUUACUGUCGAAGCUCAAUAGAUCUAUGAAUGUUAAGUGCUUUUUUUUAAGAAGAGACAUUAUUGCUUUCUCAAGGAGUAAUUUUUGCUUCGAUUAUACUUGUUCUGAUAUAGCUAUAUGUCAUGUAAAAUCCAAGAUGGUGCUUUUGUAUUCAAUGGGGCAAUUUAAUCAGUGGAAUCAUCAAUGACUUAUUGACUAGAUUUUCUUAGAAGAGCAACACACAUAAUGCUUAGCCUUAAAAAAUAUCCCCCACCCCACCCCUUUGCAUUAAUUGCGACAUUAUAGGUCUGCAGUGGUUUGAAAAGCUGCUUUGGGACAGGCGUGUAUAUAUAUAUACACCCCGUAGGUACAUAAGGCAGUGUAUUAUGAAUAUGUGCCUUAUUCUCAGAGAUGUGGUGUGCUCACUCAUACUUGUUCAGAAACAAUUUUACAAUCUUAGAUCUGAAGCAUUAAUAUCUCUAAAUACCAGAUAAUAUUACGAGCCCACAUGAAGCACUGAUUUUAGUAAUUUCUAAUGUUCUAUUUGAAACAGUUCUAUUGUUUUUUGCAGAUUUUAAUAUUUAGUAUUAAUACAAUCUCUUUCAAUGCUGUUCCAUCUUUCCAAGGGCAUAAGGGUGGAGAAAACCUUCAGAUCAAUGACCUUUGUCUGCAUCUUGACACUCCAUAUGAACCACAUAAAUCUGUCAUUUAGAUUCUAAAAAUAAAUACUUUUUUACGUC